UUUAAUUACCGUUCAAAGUAUAUCAAUCAUUAUGUAUAAGAAAAUAAUGAUGAUUUGUACAAUUUUAAUAAAUCUAUUGCUUUUUAUUUGCUUGACCAAUUUGGCCGAUUGUUCUAAACAUCAUGCACCAAUUAUUGAACUUAAAAACUAUGGUAAAAUACGUGGAAUUGUUCAGAAUGAAGUGAUGGUCAAUUUUUCAACAAUCGCAGAAGACAUUUAUCUUUAUCAAGGGAUUCGUUAUGGUAAAGCAAGAAGAUUUGAUCGACCGGAACGUGCUGAUUCAUGGCCAGAUAUUUAUGAUGCUAUCGAAUAUCGUGCAGCUUGUCCACAACUUGGAAUUAAAAGUAGUAAUUUUUUUAAUCAAACCGAAACGAUUAGCGAAGAUUGUCUAUUUCUAAACGUUUGGACAACUAAAAGAGCAAUGGAAUUGGCAAAUAAACCAAAAGAACGACGUCCAGUUAUGGCCUACAUUCAUGGUGGUGCAUAUAAAAAAGGAACUAUUUUCAAUCAAAACUAUGAUGGAGGAAUAUUUUCCGCUAAUGGUAAUAUGGUCGUUGUUAGCAUUGCGUAUAGGCUUGGACCGUUUGGUUUUCUUUAUACCGGAGAUGAAUCAGAACAGGCUAAUGGUAAUCAAGGUUUUUAUGAUCAAAUUCUGGCAUUACAAUGGAUUCAGGAAAAUAUUCAUUAUUUUGGCGGUGAUCCUAAUCAAGUGACAGUUUUUGGUCAAUCUGCUGGCGCGUUUAGUACAGCUAAUCUGAUAUUAUCACCAUUAGCCAGUGGUCUUUUUCAUCGAGCCAUUCUACAAUCAGGUUCAUCCAUUUCGGAUACUGCAUGUGCAAGUAAAUCGCAUGAAAAAUCAAAAGCUAAAAUAAUUGCUGAGAAAUUAAAUUGCCUAGGCAAUAUGACAGCAAUUACCAAGUGUUUACGGCAAAAAUCCAUUAAAGAAUUAUUAUCCGUUCAUCUUGAUCAACAAUUAAUGGCAAUUUAUGGAAGCGAAUUUUUACCACUAAAACCGGUUGAAGCAUUGAAAAAUGAUCAUUACAAAAUCAAUAAAGUUGAUCUUAUGUUUGGAGCGAAUCGGGAUGAAGGUGAUUUCUAUGUACAAAAUUCAUUCGAUGGUGAACACAAUGUGAGUGUUAAUUUAGUGAAGAAAAAGAUUCGUGAACGUUUUGAAAAACAUUCAUAUGUUGAAGAUGUGGUACAUUUUUACACGAAAAAUUUGAAUGAUUCUUCAACGCUUGAAGAAAAAAGAAUUGCCCUGUCGCAUGCCUACGGUGACUAUCAUAUAAUUUGUCCGACAAUUUUGUAUGGUGAAGAAUAUCAUCGCCGAUUUUCAGAUACAAAACAAUAUUCAUAUCGUUUAAUGGCACCUGUUAAAUCGAUGUUUUUUGAUAACAAAUGGAAUGGUGUAGGACAUCGACAAGAUCUUUUCUAUAUAUUUGGUGUUCCAUUUCGUUUCGCACAUAAGAUAUCAUUUACACAACAUGAACGUGAUCUAAGUCGUGAUAUGAUCGAAGCAUGGAUUCAUUUUGCUCAGAAUGGUAUUCAAGGAACGAUUGGCAACACAAAUAUUGAAUGGAAAGAAGCUUUUGAUGGAUCAUCUUCUGCACAUUUUAUGGCAUUGGAUUCGAAACAUUAUCAUAUGGUUAACAAUUAUUUCAAAUCAAUUUGUGAUGACUUUUGGCGUCCAAAAAUAUUUGCUUAAAUUAUUUACAAUAAAAUGAUUGAUGAAGUUUUUA